CGUGCUUUGUGUGAGUGUUCCUGUCAUAGUUUUUUUGGUUGAUUUUUUUGUUUCUUCAUCCUGCUUGUACUUUAUGCGAUCUAUUGUUGUUGAUUGAAUUAGGUUCUUUAUCUGGACCACUUGGUUUUUGGCCCCCAAGAUCUGUUGCCAACUACGCUACCUCGGAUAUGUGUUUGGAAGCAAGGCAUGAUUAAAGAAUUUUCUGAGUUGGACUGUGUUCGCGGCCAUACUUUUGGCAAACGUUCUAUUUUGCCUUUCAAAUCUACUUGUUAUGCUCGCCGCCCUGGAGUUAGAACUCCUUCUCCUGUUUGUGAUGCCAGCGUUAUGAACUUCAAGAAUGAGCUACUGCAAAGAGUUCCAGGAACUUUCUCUCCACAGUUAUUGGAAGAUAUCACCGAUUUGUAUAAGAAGCAUGUUGCUGCUGCUCCAAAUGAGGUGUCACCUGUGUAUGCUCAAAGUAUUAUUGUUGAUAUCAUUGACUACUUUGGGCGCAAUUUUUGGGCACUGUCUGUUCGUGCUUUGGAGAGGCUGGUUUGGCCUCAUAAUGUUCAAGACUACCGCCUUGCUGUUGAUCAAGAUCGCAGCUUUGCAUUCAUCCUAUGCUUUGGGUGA